AUGAUUGCAACCUCUGCUUCUGAGAACACCAGCGUCUCCUCUAGGCAGCCAAAGAGCAAAGAUCCAGGAGCAUCUCAGCAAGAACUGUCCAGCUGGGACAGAUAUACAAUACCACUGACCGCCAGACCCGCUUCUCCCCAACUGACUUCUUCAUUUGCUUCAGCUAUGGUUGCUUUUGAGGGACCAUCUCCAAGCCAUACUGGAAAUGCAACAGAGACUAGAAAAAUCUGGCCAGAACAUGCCAGGCAUCAGAAGGUACUGGUGGUGACAACAUCAUCUCGUUGGACAUCAUUCUCAGUGCUUAUUUAUCAGAGGUGUUGGUUAGUAUUCAAGAAAGCUUCCAGUAAAGGUCCAAAGCGGCUGGAGAAGUUUUCAGACGAGCGAGCUGCGUACUUCAGAUGUUACCAUAAGGUCACAGAGCUCAACAAUCUAAAAAGCAUUGUUAGACUCCCUCAAACCACCAAGAAGCAUGCGGUGGGAAUUUUCUUUACCGAUGACACCUCAAAAACAUUUGCCUGUGAAUCAGAGCUGGAGGCUGAUGAAUGGUGUAAGGUGCUGCACACUGAGUGUCUCGGGACCAGGAUUAAUGACAUCAGUUUGGGAGAACCAGAUUUGUUGGCAACUGGUGUAGAAAGAGAGCAGAAUGAGAGAUUCAAUGUGUAUUUGAUGCCAUCCCCUAAUACAGAUGUCCAUGGGGAAUGCACUCUUCAGAUCACGUUUGAGAACAUUAGCUUAUGGGACGUGCAAAACCCCAGGCUGAAGCUUGUGUCUUGGCCGCUAAGCUCACUGCGGAGGUACGGGAGGGACCCAGCCUGGUUCACUUUUGAAGCCGGCAGGAUGUGUGACACCGGGGAGGGGCUGUUUAUCUUCCAAACCAGAGAAGGUGAAGCCAUUUAUCAUAAAGUUCAUUCAGCCGCCCUAGCAAUAGCAGAACAACAUGAACGGUUACUGCAGAGCGUCAAGAAUUCAAUGCUUCAAAUGAGAAUGAGUGAGAGGACAGUGUCUCUGAACACCAUGGUCCCACUACCUCGCAGCGCUUACUGGCAGCACAUUACGAGACAGCACAGUACAGGACAGCUCUACAGCCUGCAAGACCUCUCCAAUCCACAGAAAUUGCAUCGAACAGACACAUUUCCAACAUACCGGUCCGAGCACUGACAGAUGGUGCCACAGACUUCUUGGUUACUCUUUAACAAUAAACUAUUUGGAACUGAGGAGAAAGCUUGGACUACUUAUCUUCUGUGACCGGCAGGACAAGCAGCAACAACUAUCAGCCUGAAUAUUUCUAUAUUCAAAGAUGCAACUUUUUUAACCUCACCAAGACUGUGCUUUACACAUUCAGGAAAACAUUUUUGAUUUUGACCUUGUAUCAUCAUGAAAUAUAUUCUGCUCAUAUCAAACUAAACCUACAGCUCUCCUUCUGGUGUGAAACAACAGCUUCUACAACUUAGAAACUGUUGGCAGUUAUAAUUUCACAUCAGCUGAAGAGCAGGUUCUUGGCCUCUACUGUAGAUCAUGCUGUAGGUGAGCAGCCAGUGGUUCUACAGCUGGGACUGCUAUAGAGCCUUUGGUUUCCUGGACCUGCACUGUCUUGUAUUUUCUUGUGUUUUAUGUCUUUAUGGAGGUGAACAGUCAUCAUGUUGGGGUUCUGAGUCUUGUCUGUCUGUUUCUGUAUUUCAUGGUUGGUUAAUUUGCACACAAGACGGCCGAGACAUCAUUAUUUCUUCAUAAAGUCAAAGAGUAUAUAAAUCCUUAGAUUAGUAGAAAGUUGUGGACAAAAAGAAAAAUGGUUGGUAUUCAA